GCGCGCGGCGCCAGCGCCUGACGCAAUCGCCUCUUGCAGUAGCAUGCUCUCGCCGCCCCCUCGCCGCCCAGCCAGUUCGCCGUUCCUCGUCCUCGCUGCGGCGCUCCUCGGCCUCACAGCCCUGCUCCUUCUCGCCUCACAAACGUCGCGGGUGGUGGUGAACACGCCGAGCGAGCGGGGCAUGUUCCUGCAGUCUCCAGUUGUGCUGCAGUGGCCUGUCGGCUUCAGUGACGACGCGCCGCCCUUCAGUGACGACACACCGCCCUUGUCACACGACGACACACCGCCGCUCACGCGCAGCGAGUAUUAUGGCCCGCCGCCCUCGCGCGAUCGGCGCAGCCGCAGCGGCAGCGCUAUCGACAGCAGCGAAGUGUGUGUGGCAAAGGCGGCGGUCCUGCCGCCCGACCGCGCCGAGCUCGCGCGGUCCACGUGGGAGGGUUCCAACGCCUCGCUCCUCCUCUCGCUCGCGGGCGCGCUCCUCUGCCCGCCGCAGCGCCUCCUGGUGUGGGACUGCUCUCGCUGUGGCGGGCUCGGCCUCAGCCGCCGCCCAAAGGUGAUGUUAUCGGACGGCGGCUCGUUCCUCGCGCUGGUUGGGGUGCACGAGGCGCUGCAGUGGGUGGUGGUUGCCUUCCGCGGCUCGGUCGACGGCAACCUCGGCGCGUGGGGCCGCAACCUUCAGUGCUGGACGGAGCAGUACCGCUUUGGUGGCUGCGGCGCCUGGAUUCACCGCGGGUGGGGGCUGGGAUACUCAAAGCUGCGGGGGCGCGUGUGGGCCGCGGCCGUGCAGGCUCUGUCGGAGCACCCGCAAUACAGGCUGGUUGUGACGGGGCACAGCGCGGGCGGCGAGCCGCGCCGCCCGCCGCCGCUGCGCGACUGCUGGGCGGCGUGCGGCGGGGCGGGCGCGUGCCCAGCCUUUUGUGGGCAGGGCGGCGCGUGCUGCAAGCAGGGCAGCGACGACCAGGACCCGUGCCCCGCAACCAUGCCCGCCUUUGACGUGCACACUUGCGUCGCCACCGCCGAGGCGCCCGCGCCGCCGCCGCCGCCGCCGCCCUCGCCGCCGGAGGUCAACCUCUUCUUCGACCGGCCGGAGGCGGCGGCGCCGCUCCUCGUCACCUUUGCGAGCCCAAUGGCGGGCGACCGCCAGUUCGCCGACCUGGUGGACGCCGGCCUCGACGAGCGCGCCAACGUGCUGCUGCGCGUGGUCAACAGCCACGAUGCAGCGGUGCACGCGCCCAACCUCCUGGCGACCGGCCUGCAGCUCAGCAUCCCGUGCCCGGCGGGCGGCUGGAGGCAGUACGCCCAUCCAGGCCAGGAGGUGUGGCUGCCGGACGCGUCGACCGCCUCGGACCCGAACCCGCUCUGCUCCUCGUCGCUGCCGCGCAAGAGCCUCACUUGGCUCGACCACAACACGUACCUCGGUGUCGACUCGGGCGCUUGCCACGACGAGCCGUGGCCGAGCGCGACGCCCCUCGAUGGGUCGAGGUUGCAGUCAGGAGGGGGGACGUACUCGUACGGCUAGAGGAGGGAAGAGGCGCCCCCUUCGUUCCCGUCUCCCUGCGUGUGGACAGGGCACUCUCUCGCGACCGGCGCCCGCGGCGGCUGCGCGCGCUACAGUUCUCUGAUCACACGCACGUGCCUGUGAGCGAGCCUGAGCUCUCGCUUUCACUUCUCGUCAUGUGAUUGAAACAAACAAUGGUUUUGGGGGCCGCGUCUUCUAGAGAUACUAGUGGCGCAGAGAGAUAUCCUA